AAUUUACUUAAAAUCUUAAUUGUAUUAUUUAGUUAAAGAUGACAGAUGAUCGUCGUUGGAUGUAUAGACGACGAGGUCCUCGUGGAGAUUGUGAUGCCGAAUUCUUUAAUGGAUUACAACAAUUUUUUGAUUUCAUCUAUAGUUGUCCUGGUGUUCACUUGAAUGACGAAAUUCGUUGCCCCUGUAGUAAAUGUGGAAAUUUACCUCACCACAACAAGGCAACUGUAACAGACCAUCUGUUGAGAUAUGGUUUCAUGGAUGCAUAUUCUGUGUGGUGGGCACAUGGUGAAACUUUAAGUAACAAUGUUGAUCCAUGGUUAGCUACAAGUGAUGUGGCAUCCUCAAGUAAUAUUCAGGAACAUGUUAAUAUUGAGGAACAUGUUAAUGCUGAGGAUGAUAUCCAUCACAUGGUUUAUGAUGCAUUUUGUCCAUCUGAAAACGAUCACCCUAGAAAUGAAAUAGAGUUCGCAACUGAAAAUGUUGGGGAUGCGCCAAAUAGACAUGCACAAUCUUUUUAUGACUUGUUGCGUGCUUCAACCAUCCCACUUGGACCAUCAUCUAAUAAUCAAACAUUGCUUGGAUGGUUAUCAUAUAUGCUGCAUUGCAAAGCCAAAAACAACAUAACUGGUGUUGGUUACAAUGACAUCAUUCAGGGCUGUAGGCAAUUGUGUCCAGAAGAUCAGCAAAAAGUACCGUCAAAUUUUUAUGAAGCAAAAAAAUUCAUGAAAAACUUAGGUUUAGACUAUGUCAAAAUUGAUGCAUGUGUCAACAACUGCUUUCCGUAUUAUGGUGAUGAGGCAAAGUCACUUACUGCUUGUCCAGUUUGUGGUGAACCUAGGUAUAAAAAAUGCAACUCGAUUCAAACUCAAAAAAAAGGUAGGCCCAGGAAUUCUUUGUGGUAUCUACCUAUUAUUCCACGCCUACAGAGGCUGUACAUGUCUCGUAAAACUGCUGAGCAUAUGACAUGGCACCUUAAAUGUCGUGUUGACUCGGAGAUCCUCAUUCAUCCUGCUCAGUCUACUGCUUGGAAGCACUUUGAUGCCGUUCAUCCUUCAUUUGCAUCCGAUCUGCGAAAUGUCCAUCUUGGUCAUGCAACAGAUGGGUUUAACCUAUGGGGUCAUUCUUCGAGGUCAUAUUCCUGUUGGCCUGUUUUCAUUGUUGUUUACAAUCUUCCUCCUGAGAUGUGCAUGCGACCUAAGUUUACAUUCCUUAUACUCGUUAUUUCUGGACCAAAAAGUCCAGGAAAAAACAUUGAUGUUUUCCUCCAUCCACUUAUUGAUGACCUGAAAUGGUUAUGGUCGUCGGGGGUAGAAACAUUUGACAGCUUCCAUAAACAGAACUUCACAAUGCGAGCCAUGCUUAUGUGGACCAUAACAGAUUUCCCCAACUAUGGUAUGGUUUCUGGAUGGAGCAUGCAUGGUCGUCUAUCUUGUCCAUAUUGCAUGGAAAUGACUCGUGCUUUUUACUUGCAGCAUGGUCGCAAGAUCUGCUUCUUUGACUGUCAUCGGCAGUUUCUUCCUGCAUCACACUCGUACAGAAUGGAUGCAUCUCAAUUCCUUAAGGGCCACUUAGAAUUUGGGCCCCCUCCUCCACGAUUAGAUGGUCAUUUCGAUCGACUUCAAGUUGUUGCACUACCUGAUGUUUUAUUUGGAAAUCCAUCAGUAAACCAAACUAUUCCCGGGUUUGGUGAAACACACAAUUGGGUCAAAUGGAGUAUUUUCUGGGAACUCUCAUACUGGGGGGAUAACUUGAUUAGACACAAUCUUGAUGUCAUGCACUGUGAGAAGAAUUUUUUUGAUAACAUCAUACACACAAUCAUGAAUGACUUGUCCUCAAAAGACAAUGUUAAGUCAAGAAUGGACUUACCAUUGUACUGUGAUAGGGAAGAACUACACUUGUACUAUGAUAGUUCUGGGUCACUUUGCAUGCCAAAUGCAAGUUAUGCACUAGACACGGAUAAAAAAAGAUGUCUAUGUACAUGGCUCAAAUAUGUGCGAUUUCCAGAUGGGUUUGCAUCUAAUAUCGCACAUUGUGUGAACUUAGCUAAGCUACGCUUAGUUGGAUUGAAGAGUCACGAUUGCCACAUAUUCAUGCAAUGCCUCAUUCCAAUUGCUUUCCAUGGCUUGUUACCGGAUUCUAUAUGGGGUCCAUUAACAGAAGAUUUUGCUCACGAUAUUUUGGUGCGGAUCUUGAGACAAGUUGGAAUGAAGGCAGCUGAAUUUUAUGUCCUACUAAACUAUAGGGAAGUUGAUGCGCUUCUUAGCAUCUUUGAUCGAGAAGUUGGUGUAUAUAUGACCCCUUUUACUCCACACGAAGCACGCACCAGAAGUUUUGUUAUGUGGUUCAAAGAUAGGGUGUUAAAUGGCUAUCAUGAAGGGAAUGAGGUUUUGCAAUACCUUGCACUGGGCCCAUCAUGGACAGUGAAUGUGUACAGAGGAACAACCAUAUCUGAUGAUGUUGAGACUGAUUAUUGUGGCAUCCUUAAUGAAGUCAUUGAACUAUUGUAUUAUGGACCACAUGCGCAAAUGCAGACAAUUGUCUUAUUCAAUUGUGAUUGGUUCGAUACACAUAGGGGAACACGCAUUAACCAAGUUUACAACAUUGUUGAGGUCAACCCACGAUAUCAAUUGUCGACUGGUGAGCCAUUUUGCUUGGCGUGUCAAGCAAUGCAAGUGUAUUACAGUAGUUACCCAUCAGAAAAUCGAGCAACUCAUGGAUGGUUCGCCGCAUGCAAAAUACAUGCUAGACAUUUGGUCGACGCUUCUUCAACCUCACUUGAUAUGGAAGAAAUAUUCCAAGAUGAGGAGCCAGCAUCAACACAAUCGAAUCAGCAUAGUUCCAAUUUGGCAUCUACAGAAUGCGUGAAUCUACAUGCAGAAGGAGCAACAAUGGUUGACUUAAAUGGAGAUGCAAAUGAUGAUGUUGAUGAAAAUCUGAGUGAAGGAAAUGAAGGAUAUGAAAUAAGAGGCGAUGUUGGUGACGAUAGUAGUGAGACUGAAUAGUCGUUAAAUAAUUGAAGUUCAUGUAC